CUAAUUGGACUCGACCCCGUGUACGUUGAGGUCGAGAGAAGUUCCAGGCAGGAUAGUUGUUCUUUACGUUGGGUUCGUGCACGGAUAAUGAAAGCAGCUUUAUAAAUUAAACGCUUUAUCUUGUAAUAGAUAACAACAUGGACGCGGUGAACGCUUUCAACACUGAGAUGGCGUCCCUGCUGGACAUGAAGCCGCCAAUCUCUCGAGCAAAGAUGAUGACCAUUACCAAAGCUGGGAUGAAAGCAAUUAAGUUGUAUAAACAUGUUGUCCAAAUCAUUGAGAAGUUCAUCAAAAAGUGUAAUCCCGAGCUGAAGGUUCCUGGCCUGUACGUAGUAGAUUCUAUAAUCCGACAGUCACGUUAUCAGUUUGGAGAAGAUAAAGACGUGUUUGGCCCGAGGUUCCUGAAGAACAUCAGUGCCACCUUUCAGAGCCUUUAUAAUUGUCCUCCUGAUGAUAAGGACAAGAUCCUGCGAGUGUUGAGCCUGUGGCAGAAGAACUCUGUCUUCAGUAUGGACGUCAUUCAUCCGCUGGUGGACAUGGCGUCAUCUCCGGCGGUGUCCGAUAUGGAGAAUGGUGGUACGGUGCGAGCUGAAGCAGUGUGUGUUCAGCCAACACCAGAACCGUCCACACUUCCGGCAUCUCAGAGGAGUCCAGAGGAUCAACAGAACAGCAUGACUCUCACUGCCGUGGCUCAGUUCCUCCAGUCUGCUCAGGGGCUCAACCUCCAACAGAUUCUGCAGACUCUCCAGCAGGGCGGCGCUACACAGGCUAACACGGCUAACACCACUCCUAUUCAACAGAACAACUCGAUCUCUAAGGUGCUGCAGGACCGAUUCGACUACGAUGAGGAUCCACAUGUUGAGGAACCACAGCCAGUGAAAAUGUCUCCUGCUUCCUCCAUAAAUCUACCAGAUCUGCAGCGAGCUCUUCAGGGUCACCUUCUCGGCCAGCUUUCCAACCAGGCUGAACAACCUGUGACCAGACCUGAUGACAUCACCACCCACGCCACCACAGAAGCCCCCACGGCUGAGUUUGGUCACUCCAGGAGAAACGAGCAUGAGAGCAGGUACAGCAGAAGAUCCCGGUCAAGGUCACCCAGGAGGCGUUCUUCACCUUGUCUUCAUCCUCGCGCCGACUCUCACUCCAGACAUUCGCGGUAUCGGCGCUCUCGCUCCCACGAGCGCCGGAGGAGUCCGCCGAGAUCACACGUAGAUGACAGGAAGGACACGGAGAGAAGACAUAAAGGACUCCCGCCCAUAAAGAGAGAGACGCUCAGCGUGUGCAGCACGACUCUAUGGCUCGGUCAGCUGGAUAAGAAAACGCAGCAGCAGGAUGUCAGCAGUCUGAUGGAGGAGUUCGGCCAGAUCGAGUCCAUUAACAUGAUCCCUCCCCGAGGCUGUGCCUACAUCGUCAUGGUUCACAGGCAGGACGCCUACACCGCUCUGAAUAAACUCAGCCGAGGAACCGCAAAGAUCAACCACAAAUCCUUCAAGAUUGCGUGGGCGAUGAACAAAGGUAUUGGAGGUCGCUUCAAGAAAUACUGGAACAUGGACCUAGGCGUGACGUACGUCCCCUGGGAGAAGCUGAAGGACUCGGAGUUAGUGUCUUUGCGGGAGGGAGCUGUACUCGACCAGGAAACACUCAAACCAGAGUGGGCCCCGAUGAUCGGCGAGCUCGUUAAACCCGUCGGAGACGGCGGAGACCGACCCAAACAAGAGCGUGAAGGCGGAGCUGCAGUCGUGUCACAGGUGUCUGCUGUAAGCAUGGAGUCUGCCUUGGAGCGCACGAACACCCUGACAGUUGAUCCUGUGGCUCCUUCGUUAGAAGACUCUGUCAGUGCCCCCCAGAGCCAGACCAGACCGUUACCUCUGAACCGUCCUCCUCCUCUUCCUCCUUCAUUUAUACCUCCAUUUCCCAACAUCCUGCAUCCUCCACUCCGUCUGCCUCCUCCCACCCUGUCCAGGGCUCCUGCUUUAAGGGUCAGGUUGCCCAUGCCAGAUCCUGCUGGAGAAUUUACACAUCCGGGCUUCAUGGAAGCUGAGCACUGGAACAUCAGACCUUUCAGGAACAUGGACAGUGGACCUCCUAGAGGACCACCAGAGUGGUUCGGCCCGGAGCCUCCGUUCAGGCGCGGCGGGUGGAGCCGAGGAGGCCACUGGGGGCACGGACAAUUCAGAAACUGAACAAAAAAACAUCUACGACUAACAAAAUCUCACGUCAGCCUUACCCCAAAAAAAGAGAAAAAAAGAUCUUCUGAAUUUCUGAAAAUUAAAAAAAAACAUUUAUUUAAAUCUCUUAAUUAUUAAAUAAAAGUAUAGAACAAGUUACAAAAUAUUACAGGAUUUUCCAAAAAAUUCACAAAAUUAUUCCUUUUUUUUUAAAUUCUCCAAGAGUCCCAUUAUUCUGUAAAGCCCAAAAUUUCUAGUGGAAUUCUUACCAUAAAAGUGAAUUUAAAAUAAAAACAGUUGAAGUUCUAUUUUUAAAGACAUGAAUUGCUUUCGAAUUUACAGACAAAAUAAAAGCUCCAUAAUUUUUUUCUUCCCAAACAUCUCGUACCAAAUGGAAAAAAUUGGAACAUUUCCAAAAUGUCUUCCAAAAGAAAAUCUGCAAAAAUUUAUUUUAAGGAAAUCUAUGAAUUUAAAAAAAACCAUAAAGUCUUCGCACAAAAACCGUCAUUAUGAAAAAUGACACAAAUAUGUAACAGUCCACGAAACGUACUCGUUGUUUCCCAACAACUCCAGAUUUCCUGCGAAUUUUUCCAACAACCGGAUGUCGAAUAUGAAACCGACGUAACAGACGAAUAAAGGUGGACGUGAGGUUCUGACCUCAGGACUGUUCUGUUCUGAUCUUUGUUCAUUGAUCCUCAAUGUUUGCAGAGCAAUUUUUCAUUUUUUUCUAAAUCUGUAAAAUCGGACGGUUUUAUCCGGAACUUUUUCUUCCUCGUAAUCAAGCUAUAGUGAUGGAGUCACAGCAUCCCAUAAUAAACUGUAAAAAAAGAUUACCCAUAAUGCAUCGUGAGAUAGAGGGUGUGAUCUCAGACUGUUUAUUAUUUGUUCAGAAUAUUUGUGUAAAAUAUGAUCUCAACCUUCUGUUCCUGUUUUUGAAGGAUUUGUAUAUUUUGGAGUUCAGACUGUGUGGAAUCUCACCGUUAAUUUUAUUAAACUAUUUUUCUAUCGA